AUGAACGACUACUUUACGGAUACAUUUUCCACCUCUACAAUUGAUGUUGACGAACUUAUCUCCUCCCUUUCCGAUAACAUUUCCCUGACUGGAAUCGAUCAUUCGCUAAUGGAAGCAAUGUCCAAUAAGAAAAUUAAAGAUAAACUCAAAUGCAUGUCCAAUUCUGCCCCAGGUAAAGACAAGGUUGAAUAUAGACACCUCAAGCUGGUUGACCCUAACUGUGAUAUACUUGGGUUAAUCUUCAAUAAAUGUUUGGAAGAAAAGAAAAUACCACUCUCCUGGAAGCAAUCAACCACCAUAUUGAUAUAUAAGAAAGGCUCCAGUGAUAAUAUACCAAGUAACUUUAGACCCAUUGCUUUGAUGUCGUGUAUAUACAAGCUAUUUACCUCCAUAUUGUCCUCUCGUAUCUCCAAAUUCGUGAUAAAGGAAGAGUUAAUUUCCACCGAGCAGAAAAGCGCCAAACCUUCUGAAGGAUGUCAUGAACAUUCGUUCACACUAAAAUCAGCGGUAGCAGACUGUAAGAGGAAUCAAAAGAACUGUUUCUUUGCAUGGUUAGAUCUUCGUAAUGCGUUUGGAAGUAUAUCCCAUGAUGCCAUUUACACCACCCUAGAGCAUAUGGGUUUCUCUGAAUUGUUGAUAAGUUUGAUAAGAGACAUUUACACCGACUCCACAACGGUCAUUUGUACGAAGAAAGGAUGA